UUUCAGCUAGAUGUCAGGCUAUUACAACUCAUAAAUUCAUUCACUAUAAACAAAGACUCUUAUCUAGCUUCCUCUCAAUCCAAUCUCAAACACACCAAUUCUGCACAUGUCCGGAUGAUAGAUGACUGAUGUAACGGUCAAGAUGGAAUAAGCUGGAGGCUGGUUCGGGAUAGGUUUUGGAGACCAGUGAGUCCAGCACUCCUGCAAAACCGGCCCAGGUUUAACUGAGGUCAGGGUGCUGCUGGGAGUCCUGGAGGGAGAGAGGGGGAGAGAAGAUGGAAGAGGGUGGUGGGGAGGAGAGAGCGAGAGAGAGAGAGAGAGAGAGAUGGGUACUUAAUCAUCCAUGGUGCAGUGUGUGAGUGUGUGUGAAGCCACUCAGUACUAGAUGUAUCUGAAUCGGGGUGAUCCCUCCUCUCCUCCCUCUCUCAGAUCACUCCUCUGGAGCGCGGACAGAAAGCGGACAGUCGCCCACAAUAACCGGCUCUAUAGCAGCCGCCUCUGGUUAUCUCAUCUCGGCGGAUCGCCCCCGGUGCCGACCUGUACCGGCUGUUCCUCUUCCUCCCCUCCCGCGGUAUCAUCUGAAUCACAAAAACACACACAAGAAAGAGAGAUAGAGAGAGAGAUGCGGUCGUGUUUCACUUUUUUUGCUUCCCCGGAUCUCUGUGUGUGGACGGCGGGCUGCGGCUGCGUGACAGCAGGAGCAGUAGAUGUGUUAAGCGACGCAGCUAUCUUUCCACAGUGACCACGGCCUGAUCCCUACAUUCAUGAGAAGGCAACAGGAAGCAGAUUACUGAGGGAUUAAACGCAUGCACACAUAUGCACAUGCACAUGCACACACAGAGAGUACCACGGUUGCAGGAUUUGACCGCUGUCCAAAUGUGGCUCUCACACUGAAUGAACUUGCCUGACUGACUGACUGAGACUCUCUGGUAUCAUGGAAGAAGAGGAGGAGCAGACAGAGUCUAAUUGAAUGUUACUCAUAUGACCCCACCUCCGUUCUCCUGCCUCACUAUCGAGGGCUUUGACUGGUCAAUGAGGAUUAAACUUAUAACAAACACAGCGGAGCGUGCAGAGAGAGAGGGGAGUGUAGAGCCGACCACUUGCCUGCUGCUGUCCCAUGAUGCAUCUACACAUGUAAGAGCAGGAUCAUCCUCACAGAGGGCUGUUUCUAUGGAUACCCCUGCCCUGAGUAGUAUUAAUAAGACUCACUGAUAUUCUGACUAUUUGUGCGUGAAGAAAAAUACAGUGAGAGAUUAGAAGAACAUCCCUGCAGCACACUGCAGCAUUAAAUAAUAUCAUUGGAAGCAAAGAAAGAAAUCAAGUUUCAAGAGGAAAAACACUAAAGAAAAAUUUGUAAUGUAGAUGGAUUACCAACACAUGUUUAAACCUGGUUCAGGAAAAAGGGUGAUUUGAUAAAAAUCUGCCCUCAGAGAUACCAGAAGAGGAGGUGAAGAUGAUGCACAUAGACACUUCUGAGGCCUGAAGGAAGAAACACCUUUUCUAACCUGCUUAAACUGCAAUACUGAGCACAGCUUGAAACUCUGGGCCACAGUUCUGGAUAAAAUAAUCCGACUGGAACGUUUGUGGGCCCCUAAAACUGCCACCACCUCUCACCAGACUUGUUGUGGUACUUGUCUACAUGAUGAGAACAGACAUCUAACAUGCACCAGCUACCUAGAGAAAGAGGUAACAGGUCUCUAUUUAAGGUUCUGGACUCACCAGCAAGAUGUAACAUCAUGUGCAUAAGACAAUAACAAAGCACUUUUAAUCUACACAUUGUGGGGAUCCAUCAAGCUUCGGGUACCUGGAAUCUAUCUGUCAUCUGUUCCCAAAACCUUCAGACCGAUCAUGGCCAGACAAGACGCCCCCCUCUUCCUCCAUGGCUUUGACCUGGGUGCCCACUUUGUUGACCUUCGACCUCUUGGUAUGGGUGUUACAGGCCUGGUCCUAUCCGCUGUGGAUCAGCGCACUGGACAGCGGGUAGCAAUUAAAAAACUGGUGAUGCGUGAUACCGUGACAGUGAAACACGCUCUGCGGGAGGUCAAAAUCACCCGGCUUCUGCGCCAUGAAAAUGUGGUGAGGGUUCAUGAGGUUUUGGCGCCGUAUGGACGGCCGCUGCCCAGGGACCCAACCCAGCUGAGUGCCCUGUACAUCGUCCAGGAGUGCAUGGAGACUGACCUGGCUCGGUUGCUUGAACAAGGCCCAUUACACACAGGUCACGCUACUCUGCUGUUCUACCAGCUGCUGAGGGGACUGAAGUUCAUCCACUCUGCUAAUGUCCUGCACAGAGAUCUGAAGCCUGCCAACAUAUUCAUCAACACAGACCAACUGCUGCUCAAGAUUGGAGACUUCGGGCUGGCCAGGAUAGUCGACCCUCACUAUUCUCAUAAGGGCUAUCUGUCUGAGGGUCUGGUAACUAAGUGGUAUUGUUCCCCCCGUCUGCUCCUGUCCCCCAACAACUAUACCAAGGCCAUAGACAUGUGGGCCGCUGGCUGCAUACUGGCUGAGAUGCUCACUGGACGCAUGCUGUUUGCAGGAGCUCAUGAGCUGGAGCAGAUGCAGCUGAUUCUAGACACCGUGCCAGUGCUGAGAGAGGAGGACAGACAGGACCUGCUACAGGUGAUGCCUUCAUAUGUCAGUCAUGGAUGGAGAGUCAAGAAACCCUUUUCUGAAUUGCUGCCUGAAGUGGAUGCUCAGGCUGUUGACUUCCUGGAGCGUAUCUUGACCUUUAACCCCAUGGAUCGGCUGACAGCUGAAGCGGCGCUGUCCCAUCCCUUCCUCCGGCAGUACUCCUGUCCAGAGGAUGAACCCACCUCGUCGCAUCCCUUCCGCAUCGAGGACGAACUGGUGGACAGCCUCAUCACCGAGCAGAGCCUCAGCAACAGCAACAGUCAGGCUUCCAGCAUCCACUGGGAGAGGUACGAGAACAGUUUAUCAACAGACGUGUCCUGGCAGCAGUCAGGCGGGAGGUGUCGCUGCAUGCCCCCGGGCCACAUUACUUCUGAUCUGGGAGACACGACAGAGGAUGAGGAGGUGCAGAGAGACCCUCGGGCCAGUUCCACCUCACUAUUAGAGGAGGCCCAGGUCGACCCACGCAAAUAUUCCCACAGCAGCUCAGCUGAGCGCUUCCUGGAAAACUCUCACUCAUCUCUGGAUCGGGUCUGUGGUGUGGGGUUUGGGGAACUGGACUGUGGCCGCUCCUGUGACUACAAAGUGGGCUCUCCUUCAUAUCUGGAUAAAAUUGCCUGGAGAGAUGGCAAGCCUCAACACUACUCAGAGCCGAAGCUGAUCCUGGAUCUGUCUCAUUGGAAGCGUAACACUAACAACCUCCCUGUGCCUGCUGAACCUAUUGGUGGCAGCGUGGAGGACCUGGGAGAGAUGAAAGAGGAGGAAGCAGAAGAACAGGAGGAGACAGGGGACUUAUUCCAGGAGAUCUCUCGCUGGGUGGAGAGCACCCAGUCUCGUCUGCAUUCACCCAGUCCCAGUCCUUCUCUUGAGCAACGUUCACCCUCCUGCUACACCUCCUCUCCCCCUCUCCCUCUCUCCCCGACUGACCUCCCAACUCCAGUCUUCCACUACGCGCAAGUUGUUCGGCAACCAUCAACUGAAUAUGACGAAGACAGACUAAGCCCAUUUCCGCCUGUUACGUCUUCCUCCAAUUCCCUUCCCUCACUCCUCCCCUCAUCUCCCACCUCUCAACUUCCUCCACAGUCACCUGAAACAGUGUCUCCCCCCACAUCACCACUACCUCCCCCCCGAGAAUCUCAACCUCUUUCCUCUACUUCCUCCAUUUCUCAGCCAGUAAAUGAGGACUCCUUGGAGUCACUCCCUGUCAAGCAAAAAGAGCGGCUGUUCGACCUGGAUGUUUUCAUAUCCCGAGCACUGAAAUUGUGCAGGCAGAAUAAGGAGAAAGCCGAUGGGAAGAAAGGAAAAGAAGGAGGAUGGAGGGAAGAAAGCAAACCGCCGAACAUUAACCGAAAGGUGCCCAGGCUUCCAGAGCACAGGACUCCACCACCACAGACUCCCAAUUCUUGAUGGUGAAUUUGAACUUCAGGUUCUCCGCAGUAUAGCAUCAUAACGGUUAGCACUUUCAAAUGCUCAUAGUGCUUCACAAAGUGAGGGGUGUCCAUGGUUGAAUAUGCUGCUUAAACAUUAGACCUUGGUGUUAGCAGCAGUUGUCUUUUUGGUACUAUUGCAACAACACGCUACACGCUGUGACUAAAACCCUCACUUAAACAAGCAAUCCUGCAACAGGUGCUCUCAGGCAAUAAGAGGUCAGAAAGCAUUAGGGUUAAAUAUAAAUAACCAUGCUUUAGCACUGCAACUAUCAAGGAUUUGUUCAACAUGACAAUAUUUAGAAAUAGUGGGCUAAUUAAUGGUUGUGUGGUUUGCUGUCAUUUGUCAAGUUAAAGAUGGGUCAAACUUUGACUUGAUAGUCACUUGUUCUGUGACACGGACAGUCAGCCUGUUAACAAGUUACCCAGGCUAUUGUGUGCUGCAAAACCUACUGGAGAGGGAUCACUUGGUUAUUCUUAAGUUUGCUUUAGAUUUGUGUUUCUAUACAAGAUCCCUUGCUGUAUGUCAGUCAGUAAUUUUUGCGAAAUGUCAGACAGUCUUCCAAUGGUGAUGUUCACCGAAUAAUGAAAGCAACAUGGGAAUUACUUCUUCCAAGUUUCUCUGAAUGUAUGAACUGAAAAAUAAUCAGUCAAAUUAUGCUACACGGUGAACUAUAAGGAUUUCAUUUUUUGCUGUUAUAACACACAGUGACUUAAUGAGCUUUGUCACUGCUACAUGCCUUGUAAACUUGUAUAAAACUGUUUUCAUAUUUAAUUAUAUAGUAUCAAGACUGUUGUUAAUGAUAUUCUUGCGACUGUAAUAUUCUUGUAUUCUUUGUUAAAUGCUAGAGCACAACUUUAUGUUCAUUUGGAGUGAGUUGUAUUUAGUUUAACUGUGGAAUGCUUUAUGGUUAAUAAUUUAUGAAUAUUCAGUAAACUUUGCUCUAGUUCUAUUGUAAAUAGUUUCAUAUACUGUCUGCCUGAUGCACUCAAUGAGGUAAUCAUCUGCUGUACACUAUCCUCUCUGUACUAGACAGCCAGAUAUCUGUCACCUUUUUGCUCGCUUAAAUGUUAGCCACAGAAAGCUACAAUGCAAACAACAGCCAAUAUUUUGGAGAAUGUAGAUCCUUUACAACCUUUAUAGGAAAUUAUUUGUACUCAAAACUCCUCCAUGCUGCCCAGUAACCAUAUUAAUAUGGAACAGAAAAUAACCAAAACAUAUAUUUUGAAGUACUUUUCUAUCCAGCCUGUUAGACCCUCAGAAUGUUAUUUAUUGCAGGAUCUGACGUUUCCCUUCAAGGUAACCAAAUCAGGUAAAAGAUACAGUCAGUUAACAAAUGAAGGCUGUUGGCUCGUGCCUCAUACAUUCUUAAUCAACUGCAUUUGACAUUCACUUCACUUGUUGAACUAUUAUGUUAAUGGAAUUCUUCUGAGCUAGCACUGAAAAGAAAUACGGUUAAAUCCAUGGUCUCCAUAAUCUGUAACGAAGAAGAAAUAGGCUUCCACCAUUUCUGGUUUCAUUGUUUGACUUUUAUUGCUCUGCUGUGGGUGUACCAACACAAGGGUCUGGGUAUCGGGGAUGCCAGAGGCACAGCACUGAGAUGUAUAAAAAACACUGCCAGCACAGCUCCAACACCUCCAGAAUAAGACAUGUUUUAUCUGUUAGGUGAUCUUUCAGUCCAGCCUUUCAAAUUUACAUUAAAUGGUUAAAGGUGACGAAUGUUUUUAGCUGUUAACUGUUGCUCAUGUAAAGUUGGUUUAAAAAUGGUGACUUUCAUAAUAUUUGCAUCUUCACUGUAGCCAACAUAACCAGGUGGUGAGCAGAUCAUAACUGGCACAACAUGACUUCAGUACAAGCUAUGAUACAACAAAGCCAGGUAUAUUCUUUUAUAUUCACGAUAGACAUGAAGCACAUUUAGAGUCACUAGCACAUUCAGAUUUUUCUCAGCGACAGUUGAAAAUCCACCACUGUCAAUGUUCAUUUUCAUCAAUAAUGAACCUCUAUAGUAUUCACCAUACCUGGGCUGGACUAACUGAACAACAACAACUAACACUGGUCAUUGUCUGAUCCAGAGGCAUUUAUCUAUUUCUAGAAAUAGAUAGAAGCUGUGCUGCAGUCAAACUAAUUAUAUAUAUAUAAUUAUAUUUUUUCAACCUAUACAGGUUCAGUGAUCACAUUUUGCAUUAUACUUUUACCUCUGCAGGUAACCUAAGCCAGCAAUAACAUCAUUGACAAAUUACACAAACGUACUGUAAGACGUGGUUACUGAGACGAAAUUAAUUGUUUUAAGUGUGUGAAGCAGUGUAGUAAAUGUGCCUCAGUACACCUCGAUGCUUCCAGCUUGCUGAAUGUAACAUAUCUUCUCCUUUCUGCAUGGCUUUCACAACUAUUCAAAUAGCUUAAAACUUUGUUGUUUUUAUUACGUGUCACUUUAUUGUCAUAUUUCUGUGGGCUCUUAUUUCUUUUGUACUCUUCAUUUGAGAACAGCUGUUUUUAAAUGCUCAAUAUUGAUUGAUAGUAUCUCUUUUUGCAGUUUCUGUUUUUGCUGAAAAAUUAAUAAAACAAUACAUAAACAAUAA